AAACUCGUUUCCUCGUUCGUUUACUCGUGUAAAUGGGAACAGGCGAUAUAAAUGUGGAAGCGCGCUGGCAAUAACGAGCGAACGAACUAUCUCGUUCCGCGAAUUCGAUAAUUUACCAAACAGAUUCGCGGUGCAUUGCAACGACGCAUCCGGAAGUGUUUGCCGACCGCGAAAGCGUUCCGCGAAACGUCGAUUGGUUUCACGAGGUCGAGCAUGGCGCUAAAAGUUUACACCGCGAUACCGCGACUUCGGGGAGCGCAGAGGCGAGUCGGCGAACGCACAGGAAGCGAAUGGAGUUUUCGAAACGCGACCUUCUCGUUGGUGCGCGCUCCGCAGCCGGAAGUGGAUAUCGCGCGUAUAUACGUGGCCGAAGAGCAAUAAAGGAGGCCCGACUCACGGAGCCGCCAAAAGAGAAUGGGGAGAGACAGUCGUGCGGAGACCAAGACGCGCGUCGGAUCACGCAACGGAACCGCGAAAUUGCCAGGAAGCACGUGACGCUACCUGCCGAUACGCACCUGGGCUCGUUCGAUCGCUCGAACCCGGUUACGGUUUUCACCGUUUCGAGGAACGCGUGGAUUUCCGAUAUCGACCCAUUCCGCCCUGUUUCGCGCGAUUAGCUCUCUUCUCCCUUCGCAACACCGUCUUCGAAAAGGGAACUCGCAGCCUCGAUAGUAGGGAGCAAAGUAUCGCCGCGAGUUCACGUGCACGCUCGCUCUUUUUCCCUUUCGUUUAAAACAACAGCCGAGAGGGUACACGAUGCCCGGCUAUCGCGCGAGUUGAUAGAAAGUGCGGCGAGGAACGCCGAAGGAACGGUACAUCGGUGUGUUCUAGGCGACUGGUAAUGACAAAUGCGCGGAGUAUGACGUCGAACGCGAUUAGAGGUAUUCGGAGGAAGAAGAGUUCGCUAUGCGAGGUAAAGGUGGCCGUGAUCGGAGCGCCGGGAGUCGGCAAAAGCGCGUUGACAGUAAGAUUUCUAACGAGAAGAUACAUCGGGGAAUAUGAUCACCAGUCAGAGAACAGAUACAAGCACGAGGUAUUGGUGGACGGUGAGCCUAUACUUUUCGAAAUUUUGGACACCUGCCCGAAGAGCGAAGACGAAUUACCCUCCACGGAAACUGUGCAAUGGGCGGAUGGAUUACUUUUAGUCUAUUCGAUAACCGACAGGGGUUCCUUCAAUUUCGUGAGGAAGGCAAAGGAAACGCUCGCGGUGGUUGAUCCCGAAGCAACGAUGCCUCUCGCUUUGGUCGGAAACAAAGCCGACAUGGUUCACUUGAGGCAAGUUAGCACCGAGGAGGGAGAGAUACUCGCGAAGGACUUUGAAUGUUGGUUCAGUGAAGUGUCUGCCGCGGAACAGGUUACACAAGUCGCUGAAUCCUUCCACGAAUUGUGUCGAGAAGUUUUGGCAGCUAGGAGGAGGAAUAAACAAUCUUUGUUGGACAGAAUGCUUGGUAGCAAAGCGACCCGUGCUUAUUCACGAGGUAAAAGUGACUCUGCGCUUCCAAAAGAUUAA